AUGACGGCUACGGCAUUAAAGUCACUGUCAUGUACUGGAUUUACAACAGUACCCCCGACCACAAACCAGAGCCAAAUGAUAUGUCUGAUCAAUGCGUGCCAGAGAUCGCUAAACCAAGUGGUCUUCGGGAAGAAGAAACGAAGCGUACGAUCGACUGCUAAUCGGACUAAAGAUUAUAAAUAUGUUAUUCUGAAGACUGAGUUCACAGAAAUCGAAGAAAUGGAUAUUUGA